GGUCACAUGGCGCCAGCGCCGCCACAGCGGGCGCGGGGCGGGCGAAGGGGCGAUGCCACCGCCGCGGUAAUUGAGAAUGGGCCCUCAAGGAUGCUGAGUCUACAAUGGGAAGUGUCACACUUCGCUACUUCUGCUAUGGGUGCCUCUUCACAUCCGUGACCUGGACACUUCUGCUCUUUGUUUAUUUCAACUUCAGUGAAGAGAACCAGUCCUUCAAGAAUGUGCCCAUCAAGGGGCUGGAACCUCAGAGGCCAUUUCCAAAAAAAUUCUAUCCCCGUUUUACACGGGGGCCAGUUCAUAUACCUGAAUUGCAACAGAAAGAGAAUAAGAUAGGAAACUCUUUUGGAAAUCAUAUCCAGGACCCAGUUAAGGGGGAGAUAGAAUUUUCUCCUGAAAUGGGAAUGAUUUUUAAUGAAGAGGAUCAGGAAGUGAGAGACUUGGGCUAUCAGAAACAUGCUUUCAAUAUGCUUAUCAGCAAUCGACUGGGAUACCACAGGGAGGUGCCUGAUACAAGAGAUGCAAAAUGCAGAGAGAAGUCCUACCCUGCUGACCUGCCCUCUGCCAGCGUUGUGAUUUGUUUCUACAACGAGGCGCUGUCGGCCCUGCUGCGCACGGUGCACAGCGUGCUGGACCGCACGCCCGCCCACCUCCUGCACGAAAUCAUUCUGGUGGAUGACAACAGUGAGCUGGCUGACUUGAAAAAAGACUUGAGUGAAUAUGUUAAAACCCAGCUUCCUAAAACCACAAAAUUGGUAAGAAAUGAGAAGAGGGAAGGCUUGAUCCGAGGAAGGAUGAUUGGAGCCUCUCAUGCCACAGGGAAGGUGCUGGUGUUCCUGGACAGUCACUGUGAGGUGAAUGAGAUGUGGUUGCAGCCUCUGCUGACUCCCAUCAGGGAGGAUCACAGGACUGUGGUGUGCCCCGUCAUCGACAUCAUCAGCGCCGACACCCUCACCUACAGCUCCUCCCCCGUGGUGCGGGGCGGCUUUAACUGGGGCCUGCACUUCAAAUGGGACCUCGUUCCCCUGGCAGAGCUGGAAGGACCCGAGGGAGCCACUGCUCCAAUCAAGUCACCCACCAUGGCUGGAGGGCUGUUUGCCAUGGACCGCGAGUACUUCAAUGAGCUUGGGCAGUACGACAGCGGCAUGGACAUCUGGGGAGGAGAAAACCUGGAAAUAUCUUUUCGGAUCUGGAUGUGUGGUGGCAGACUUCUCAUCAUCCCCUGCUCCAGGGUGGGACACAUUUUCCGUAAGAGGCGUCCCUAUGGCUCCCCUGGGGGACAGGACACCAUGGCUCAUAACUCCCUGAGGCUGGCACAUGUGUGGAUGGAUGAAUACAAGGAGCAGUAUUUUGCUUUGAGACCUGAGCUGAGGAUGAGGAGCUAUGGAAAUAUCACUGACCGUGUAGAACUGAGGAAGAGAUUGAACUGCAAGUCCUUUAAGUGGUAUUUAGAUAACAUCUAUCCUGAGAUGCAAAUAUCUGGGCCCAAUGCCAAAGCUCCACAGCCAGUUUUUAUUAAUAGAGCACAGAAACGACCAAAAAUAAUCCAGCGUGGAAGGCUGUAUCACCUCCAAACCAACAAAUGCCUGGUAGCCCAGGGCCACCCAAGUCAGAAAGGAGGCCUGGUGGUGGUUCGGGAAUGUGACUACAACGAUCAGAACCAGGUGACAGAAAUUCAGGACUUGGAUAAAAAGUCUCCAGGAUAGAGAGAUCUUCAGCUAAUGCCAUAAAGGCUUACAUAGCUAAGAACUACUCUGAGAACUUUAUGAUUUAGGAGCCCGUGGGACCCAAUUCUGAAAGCUAGUUUGGAGCUAAAGAGAAAAGUAAUCAAAGGCACAGAAUAAAUGGAGCAUGGCACGGGCAACAGUUCUCAGGCUAUGGAAACUGCAGCAGUGGAUUUGUGAUAGUCCCAACAAAAUGCUGUGUGCUUUGUCACCUAAUGGGACUUUCUGCCUCCUGGUGUGGCCUUUCCAGCUGAGUGUGACAGAGGGAAGACAGAGGGGUGUUUGCAGUUCUCUGGAUAAGUGUGGCUGGCUCUUGACACGUGGCCUCCAGGUCUGGUUGUCAGACAGGAGCAAGUACAAGUACAUCCUUGUACUUCACCUCUGGAGCACUGAGAAAUCAUCACUGUGACUAAACUGCCAGUUCCUGUGUUAAGGGGGGAUUAAUUAAAGCUGGCAUGAAAAUGGAGUCGUUCCUAUUUGAUCUGUUCCAUUGGCUGUAAGACAGUCAGCAAGUCUUAUAAAUAAAAAAGGCUGUGUGAGUGUAAUAGUGACUGAUGGGCACCAACCAUCACCAAGUGAUUGGACAUUUGCAGUGCCAAAGCUGCAGUUCUGAGCCAUUCUGUCUUUGGGUGAGAAAGCCUGGGCAUGGUGUCUACACAGUUAUGCUUCCCUUCUUCUUGCUGCAAUAUUUCUCAUAAUGAAGUGCCACAUGCCUGAAGGAAAAUCUCUGUUGAUUUUCCACAUCAAAACUUUUUUCUGACUUUUUUUAAUCCAGGAGAACAAAUCUCAGCUAUCCCUUUGGUGCUGAGAAAGACAAAAUCUGUGCUCUGACUGUUGAUCUUUGGCUUCUUUUCUCAUGAAUCUGGUUUACUAGUGGUAAAUGUAGCAAUUUUUUCUCAUAAAAAACCUGGCUGUGCUCUCUUCUUUCACAAUGAUUUUGUUCUCCAACCAAGUAUGUCAACC